GACUGGGUAUUACAUCCAAACAUGCAGUGAAGCCAUGGGGAGCAAGGAUUGGGGUUGCUGGCCUAGCAGGGCUUUGAACUUGAACUUAGUGGGAUCAAUACUACUAGAUAAUGAGUUACACUAUGAACCUAAUUGAUCUCCUCCAACCUUCCCCAGAGGCUGAGACGCACGGAAGAUGCGGGCAGUUAGCGAGUGGCCCAAGCUGCCUACCCUCUUCCUUUUCAUUCUCGCUUUGGCCUCCCAGGAGAGCCAAGGAAGCCCCCGGGGCCGCAGGGAAGCAGGGGCGCAGGGAGAUAAAGAGAGGCUUCUCCAUCUCCUUCCAGCGCCGGUAGCUUCCAGUAGCGCCCACGUCCCGCAGCAGCUCAGCUCGGGCAGGGUGCGCUCAUCUAGACAGCGGGAGCGCGUAGUGUAUGCCGCCACCUCCUCUUCCCCCUCCUCCUCCUCCGAACCUCCGAGGGACCGAGACGACCGGACGCUGCGCUACUCCGCCUCCUCCUCCAUUGACCCAGCCAGCUCCUGGCUCCUCGGCGUGCCAAGGAGCGCAGAAAUACUUCCAAGGGAUUUGAACUUAAAGGAGAAGUUCAUAAAGCAUUUUACAGGACCAGUCACAUUUUCAGCUGAAUGUAGCAAACACUUCCAUCGACUGUAUCACAAUACUAGGGAUUGCACUAUACCAGCUUAUUACAAAAGAUGUGCAAGACUGCUAACAAGGUUAGCAGUGAGCCCGCUGUGUACACAGCCUUAGAAAAUGUGGCAUAUUGUCUCAGAAAAGAUAAUCCUAAUUUGAAGAAAAAGUGCCUUGGAAUUUUAUGUGAUGUAAUGAAAAUGAAAGGCCUCAUUCUGUGGUUGAAUUGGGUUAACACAGCAGGAAACCCCCAGGAAUAGAUUUAUUUGACUUGUAUUAUAGAAUGAAAAAUUUUCUCUCAUUUAUCUUUGUAUAUAUGCUACACUGUUGUACAUUUAAAAUGGACUUUACCCUCCACUUUCUAAAUGAAGCCUUCUUAAAAAAAAUAGACCAUCAUGUUUGUGUGUGUGUGUGUUUUUUUUACUAUGUACAUUUUAUUUUCUUGUUUGUUGAACAUUCCUUAUUUGUCUCAAUUUACAAUUUAAUUUUGUAAAUUAAAUUAUAUCUUAGCACUGAAGGAAAUUAUUUAAAUGGAUUGUAUAACAGUAUUUACAAUAUUAUACUUGACCAGUAUUAUGAUCAUGUAAGAAUUAAUUUUUGUAAUUUGUUGCUUUAUUUCAAUUUAUUUAAAUAUUUUCUUCUCAGGCUCUUAUGUUUCUUAUUUGGGUUAAUUUUAGAUAUGACAUCAUUACUCAAAUGGAAUAAUGGAAUAAUGGAAUAAUAUUUAUAUUACUAAUUUAUAUUAGCAAAGUCUGAUGAGAUACUUGCAUGUGGAUAGAAUAUCCAUGCAUAUACAAACAUAUGUUUCUGUGGAUGUUGCUCCAGCACCCAUUUGCCAUGUUCCUGAACCAUCCCUGCCUACUUAGACUAGCUCUCAUGCUGUAGCUCUAAUGCUAAAAACAUAUGGUAAUUUUGUGGCAGGGGAAGGAAGACUUAUUCGAUGAGGGCAAAAAUGUGUAGUGUGUGUGUGUGACUGCGUACAUGUAUAUCUGUCUGUCUGUCUGGGCAUGUUCAGUCACACAACUAAAACUAGUGUAUGUUCCCCUUCCCCAAAUCAGUAUCAGAACACACACACACACACACACACACACACACACACACACACACACACACAGAGCAAA